ACAGCGCAUAUGGUGGACAUUCAAAUUGUUCACAUGUAAUCGGUCAUAUAGCAGUUUUUUUUUAGUCUUCAAAGGCAAGAGAAGUGUUGCAAUGUCUGUUCAAUCAUCAAAUCCCAACAACCCGAUCGUGUUCUUCGACAUAACCAUCGGGGGGCAGGAUGUCGGACGGAUGAAGAUCGAGCUGUUUGCUGAUAUGGUUCCAAAGACGGCGGAGAAUUUCCGGCAGUUCUGUACUGGAGAGUUCAGGAAGGAUGGAGUCCCUAUUGGCUUCAAAGGCUGCACAUUCCACAGGGUGAUCAAAGAUUUUAUGAUACAAGGAGGGGACUUUGUCAACGGUGAUGGAACAGGUAUCUGCAGCAUCUACAGGGGUCCAUUUGCAGACGAAAACUUCAAAAUGAAGCAUUCCACACCUGGUCUUCUGUCCAUGGCAAACAGUGGUCCAGGGACAAAUGGUUGUCAGUUUUUCAUUACCUGCACUAAAUGUGACUGGUUAGAUGGGAAGCAUGUUGUUUUUGGAAAAGUGGUCGACGGUUUGCUGAUCAUGAGAAAAAUUGAGAAUGUUCCUACGGGACCCAACAACAAGCCCAAGCUCCCCAUCAUCAUCGCACAAUGCGGAGAGAUGUGAUCCACAACGACACACAAGUAGUUUCUUACAAUUACUUGAUAGUCCUCAGCAAACAUCAACCCACAUGCUUUUUCCUGUAUGGAUGCCUUGUCCCACAAUGCACACUGGAGGACAUAAUAAAGAUCGGCAGUGCAUCAUGUUGACCAUUUUUCUGAGUUUGGUUUGCCUGAUUCCAGGUGUGGGAAGUGCUGCAACUCCCAUAAGAUUAUUCACAUCUCAGGAGGGUUUUGAUGGUGACAGGAUGUACUUAUCAUAUUGGUUUAAAUUUUAUUUUGAAAAACUUCAUGUUUGAUACUGUUGUUGAUGUUUUUUCUGAUCUUAAAUGGAAACAAUUUGUGUAUCCUAUCAUAAAAAGAUGGAAAAGAAAGAUUUGGUUGCCAGUUGGUUGUGAAACCCCUCUGAUGAUUCUUAAUCCAGUCCCACUGUGCAUCAUUUGUGAUCAAUAAAUUGUUUUACAUUU